GUCCACAGGAGUAUGCAGUCAUAAAACCUGCGUGCCACCUGCCCAUGGAUUGAAACAGUUAUCACAAUCCUUUAAUACAUACUAAAAGAAAUGGUUAGCAAUGGGAGGAGGACAGUUGAACCAGAAAAAGAAAACAUAGCAUUAGAUGGAUCUGUCGAUCUGAAAGGAAGGCCUGUUUUAAGAGCACAGACUGGAGGAUUAAAAGCCUGUUCUUUUAUAGUGGGGUAUGAGUUUUGUGAGAGGCUGGCUUUUGGUGGGAUAUGGGCUAAUCUAGUUAUAUAUCUCACAAACAAGCUGCAUGAAGGGACUGUCUCUGCCUCAAGGAAUGUGACUAUUUGGACUGGUACCAUGUGGAGUAUGCCCAUCCUGACAGCAUAUAUUGCAGAUUCUCAUUGGGGCCGCUACUGGACCUUCCUGGCCUUUUCCUCUAUCUAUAUACUGGCAAUGGGGCUUCUAACACUAGCUGUGUCAUUGACAUCUUUGAGACCACCUCCUUGCCCAUCAGAUGAAGGAUGUCAAAAAGCAUCUAAUUUUCAGAUUGGGAUAUUUUACCUAGCCUUAUAUCUAGUAGCAGUGGGCGCUGGUGGAAUAAAACCAAACAUAUCUACUUUUGGUGCAGAUCAGUUUGAUGAAUUUGAUCCAAAAGAAAAGUCCCAAAAAAACCACUUCUUCAACUGGUGGAUGUUUACCAUUUUCUUGGGGACUCUGUUUGGUAAAAUAUUUCUGAUUUACAUAGAAGACAAUGUGAGUUUUGGUGUAAGCUAUGGAAUCAUCACAGCAGCACUCAUCAUCUCAGGCAUGGCCUUUCUGAUAGGAACUCCUCUAUACAGGCAUAAAAUAGUAACUGGCAGCCCUCUAAAGAGAAUGGCUAAUGUGUUUGUUGGGGUGGCCAGGAACUGGAAAGUGAAAGCUCCUUCAGAUCCUACUACUCUUUAUGAGGUGGACUCUAAAGAAUAUAUCUCUAAAGGGAGAUACCCAAUUGCUCAUACUUCAAUUUUGAGAUUUCUUGACAAAGCAGCAAUUAUAAAUGAUAAAAAGACUUCCUCACAGAUUUCAACUGUAACUGAAGUGGAGGAAACAAAACUCAUGAUAGGAAUGCUUCCAGUUUGGUUGGCCACAAUCAUUCCAAGCAUGCUAAUAACACAAGCUGGCACUCUGUUUGUGAAACAGUCAGAGACUCUCAACAGGCAUAUGGGCUCCUCCUUCCAAAUCCCAGCAGCCAGUGUCACAGCCUUCCUAACUCUCUCCAUGCUUAUAACAACCCUAAUCUAUGACAGGCUCCUCGUACCCAUUUUGAGAAGAUUUACAGGAAACCCUAAGGGCAUAACUGCACUACAGAGGAUGGGAGUGGGUAUGGUCAUCCAGAUUGUUGCCAUGGUGGCUGCAAUGGUUAUAGAAAUCAAAAGACUAGAAGUAGUUAAAGACCAUGGGCUUGAAAAUAACAAGAAAGCAAUUCUACCCAGAAGUGUUUUUACUCUACUUCCACAAUUUAUUCUGCUGGGCAUAGCUGAUGCUUUGUUUGAAAUAGGCAAAAUAGACUUCUUUUAUGAUCAAGCUCCAGAGAGCAUGCAGAGUCUAGGGACUUCAUUAUACACAAGCUCUAAUGGUGUGGGUGCCUUUGCUAGUAGUUUUUUUAUUACAGCAGUGAGUAACAUUACUGGAUGGAUUGUCAGUAAUACAAAUGCAUCACAUCUGGAUUACUAUUAUGGGUUCUUGGCCGUUCUACUGGUUUCCAACGUGGCUUUCUUCUUGUUUGUUUCUUAUGUGUACGGGUACAAGAGAGAAAUAGUUCAGGCUUUUGGGGAAGAUUCGGAGAAAGCAGUAGAAAUUUUAGGUUUAAAUAGGCAGCGUGGUAUUGAUGUAAGCAUGGAAACAAAUAUAGCAUAAAUCCAAAAUCUCCUUUGUUUUA